AUGUUUGCCAAGUCUAUGCUUUUGGCUGCUGUGGCUGUUGCCCAGCACGCCGCUGCCGCCGCUGUCUCUGGCACCCCUGAGGGUUUUGCUGCCGGCGUCACCGGUGGUGGCUCGGCUUCCGCUGUUACCCCUACCACCAACGACGAGCUGGUCUCGUACCUGUCUGACUCCACGGCCCGUGUCAUCGUCUUGACCAAGACCUUCGACUUCACCGAUGCCGAUGGUACCGCUACCGAGACCGGCUGUGCUCCUUGGGGUACCGGAUCGGGCUGCCAGCUCGCCAUCAACAAGGACAAGUGGUGCGACAACUACCAGAAGGACGCUCCCACUGCUUCUGUCACCUACAGCAAGGCUGGUCUCAACCCUCUCAAGGUUGGCUCCAACAAGUCAAUCAUCGGCGAAGGUUCAAAGGGUGUCAUCGUCGGAAAGGGUCUGAGACUCUCCAACUCCAAGAACGUCAUUAUCCAGAACAUCAAGGUUGAGAACAUCAACCCCAAGUACGUCUGGGGUGGUGAUGCCAUCUCUCUGGACGGAACCGACCUUGUCUGGAUUGACCACGUUACCACCUCCAAGAUCGGCCGCCAGCACUUGGUUCUCGGUAACUCCGCCUCCGGUCGCGUCUCCGUCACCAACAACGAGUUCGAUGGCAAGUCUGACUACUCUGCUACCUGCGAUGGUCAGCACUACUGGUCCGCCUACUUCGCCGGCAGCAGUGAUACCGUCACCCUGAAGGGCAACUACUUCCACGACUUCAGCGGCCGCGCCCCCAAGAUCAACGGCAACACCUUUGUCCAUGCCGUUAACAACUACUGGUCCACCUCUACUGGUCACGCCUUCGAGGUCACCAAGGGUGGCUACGUCCUUGCUGAGGGUAACGUCUUCUCCAACGUGAAGGCGGCUAUCGAGGCUGGCGGUGACGGCGCGUCGCUCGCCAUUACCUCCUCCAACGCUUCUGAGUGCAAGUCCAAGCUUGGCCGUAACUGCCAGGCCAACAGCUUCUCCAGCUCUGGCGAAUACACCGGCACCGACAGCAGCGUUCUCAGCAAGUUCGGCGAUUCCGACAUCCCUGAUGCUGUUGCUGCUUCUUCCGUCUCCUCUAGCGCUGCUGGCUACGGCAAGAUCUAA